AUGAAUUUCCGAAGCGUGGAGGAGUUUUGGUUUUUUAAAAUGAAUCAACACUCGAAACCAGCCACUAGGUGUUGGCAUUUUGUGGGCACGUUUUGUAGCAUUAUUUGCUUGAUAUAUUCAAUGCUUUUCAACUGGUGGUUUGUGAUCCUUGUGCCCUUGUUGGGAUAUGACUUGGCAUGGUAUAGCCAUUUUUUUGUGGAAGGAAACGUUCCUGCAACUUUUGGGCAUCACUUUUGGUCCCUUUUGUGUGAUUUCAAGAUGUUUAGAUUGAUGCUUACUGGUCAAAUGGAUAGAGAAAUCAAGAGGCUCAGUAAGAGGCUAGUUCUGCAAGCUUACUAA